AUGGGAGUUGGAGAGCUCUCCGCAUUGAACGCCAUAGCUGGCGCCUUCGCUGAGUAUGUGCCGGUUAUUCAUAUUGUCGCCAAGCCAGGCACCAAUGCACAAAUGGGUAGACAUUGUGUGCACCAUACGCUGGGUGACGGAGAUUUCACAGUAUUUGAAGAAAUGAGCCGCAAGGUCUCUUGUUUGGUUGUCAAUAUAAACAAUGCACAGGCAGCACCUUCCCUGAUUGACGAAGCAAUCCGCACAUGCUGGGUCCAGAGUCGUCCUGUGACUAUCUUCAUUGACUGUGACAUGGUCCAGGUUCCGAUAGAUCACCAUGUAUUGAGCAAUCGGCCUUUGUUAAACCGAACCAUGCCCUCAGACCACAGUCAUGAGCACGAGCGGUUAGUAGAUGCAAUUGUCAACGGGAUUCGGUGUGCAACCAAUCCAGUGAUACUCGUCGGGGGGUACGGAAUUUUACACGGCGCAAAAAAAGAGCUUGACGAGUUUCUGCGCCAGCUCGAGCUCCCUAUCUUGGCCGCAGCCUCGGGGCUGAGUAUUGUUGAUGCAAGCCUCCCAUAUUUCUCUGGACUAUACGUCGGCUCGUGCUCAAGUCCAUCUGUUCUCAACCUGAUGGAAUCUGUUGAUCUGGUGAUUUCCAUCGGCAAUAUUCAGUCGGACCUCAGUACGUCCGGUUUCAGAGGGGUUGUGGAUAAGACAAAGUUGAUUGAGAUCGAAAGGACGAAGGCCAAGUUCAAGGGAGAGAUAUUUGAAGGGGUCUGCGUGAACAGCAUCCUGGGUGCAUUAAGCGCGAAGCUUGGUAGAAAUUUACCACCCACGACGACCACUUCAAUGAAGACAUCAGUUUGUGUUGAUAUCAGCCAUCAAAGACAGUCUUUUCCCACCAGCGAUGGGAAAAUUCAGAACAGGCAAUUAUCUACUGAGCACAUAUCAAGAUUCAGCUCUGGUUGUGAACUUAUGUCUUACCUGCGACGCUGUGCCUCCUUCAUCCCCAGCCUGUGGUCUCAAUCCUUUAUCACUGAGUAUGUUAUCAAAAAGCAACACCCAAUCACCCACGACUGGCUGUGGGUAAACCUAAGCAAAUGGCUGAAGCAAGGAGACAUCAUUCUUACAGAAACAGGCACAUCGAGCUUUGGGAUCUGGAAUACAACACUUCCUGCAGAUGCCAUUUUCAUUGCCCAGUACCUCUGGUCAAGCAUCGGUUACACGAUAGGGGCUUGUGAAGGGGCAGCGCUAGCAGCUCGGGAUUCCGACAAAAAGCAUAGACGCACCAUUCUCUUCAUUGGCGAUGGCAGCUUCCAGUGCGGAUGCCAAGAAUUGAGCACCAUUAUCCGCCACGGCCUUAACCCUAUAAUAUUCAUCAUAUGCAACAAUGGUUACACUGUCGAGCGACUGAUACAUGGACAAAAGCAGACCUAUAAUGAUAUCCAGCCAUGGGAUCAUCGACUUCUGCCUGCAGUCUUCGGUGCAGCGCCAGCCACCUACGAAACUCACCGGAUUGAAACAACCGAGGAGCUCGAAGCACUCUGGCGUCGUGAAAGCUUCACCGACUGUUCAGCCAUGCAGAAAAUUUUCAAAACACUCGAUAUGGACUCUCACUGUGCGCUUGUAACUGGACCGGUUGAUUCGCCGCUUUGGCUUACGACAACUGUCGCUGAUGUUGUCAAUGAUCAAGCAACCAAGUUCGGCUUGAAAGAUCUCGCUGUUUUUCCAUGGCAGGGUGUUAGACUCUCUUAUUCCCGACUCGCCGAGCGUGGCAGAUUGGUAGCCAGGGCUUUACUCUACUCAGGAGUUAAACCAUUUGACUGUGUUGCUAUUUUGGCUGGAAACCGGUUUGAAUAUCUUGAAGUCGUCGUCGGAGGUGCCAUGAUUGGGUGUUCUGUUUUGGUACUCCAGACCACGUACAAACCAUGGGAGUUAUACAAUGCGCUUGAGAAGACGAAAUGCCGCGCUCUAUUUAUUGCUUCCAUAAUCGGAUCUCGUAAUAUGAAUGAGCACAUUGAGCUUUUGAGCUCCACAGCUACACGCUCUUCAUUAUUGGGCUUGGAUCGAGUCAUUACCUUUGGCAAGAAGCCCUGUGUUGAGCAGCCUAUUUUCAAUGAAGAUUAUGAGGAUUUCCUAUCCUCUGCUCCUGAGACUGCUAAGUCAUAUGGUUUAUAUGAUGCGGCGGCUGCGUCGGUCAAGCCUUCAGAUAUUGCCAGCUUGCAGUUUACUUCUGGUACAACAGGCGCAGCAAAGGCAUCAAUGCUAACACAUAUUAAUAUCCUCAACAAUGCACGUUUUGUUGGCCAAAAUCUCCGACUAACACCAGAUGACAACAUCUGCUGUCCACCACCACUUUUCCAUUGUUUUGGACUCGUGAUGGGCUUCCUUGCAUCUCUGAUCCACGGCUGUACUAUCGUGUUCCCCUCAGACCACUUUGACGCCAACCUCGUGCUCGAUUCAAUCGUCUCCGAAAAAUGCACAGCAAUCUACGGGGUACCAACGAUGUUCAUCGCUGAACUCGAGGCCAAUCAGAUCCAAAAGCGCAAUAUCCACUCUUUACGCAAAGGCCUGGCUGCAGGAUCUACAGUUGCAUUAACUCUCAUGAACAAGUUGAAAGAGCAACUAGGCAUUGAGACGAUGUUGAUCGCGUAUGGAAUGACUGAGACCAGUCCCGUUACUUUCAUGUCCAGCUUUGAAGAUCCCGUCGAGAUGCGUGUUCGGACUGUUGGUCGAGUCAUGCCCUAUACGACUGCUAGAAUUGUCAACAAGGCUGGUCAAAUAUUGGGCACCAAGCAAAGGGGGGAGCUUUGCUCAUCGGGUUAUGCGUUGCAGAGGGGCUAUCUAGAUGAUGAGGAGAGGACCAAUGAUGUUAUGAAGAAAGACGAAAAUGGAGUUGUUUGGAUGCAUACCGGUGACGAGGCGAUGAUCGAUGAUCUUGGAUAUUGUCAUAUCACGGGACGGAUCAAGGAUAUCAUUAUUCGAGGUGGAGAAAAUAUCUUCCCCAACGAAAUUGAAGAGCGAUUGCUCGCUCAUCCGUCCAUUGCAGAAGUAUGUGUAAUUGGGACGCCAGAUCCCAAAUAUGGCGAGGUGGUAGGCUGCUUUCUCAAGGCUUCCGAGGGCUCUAACUGCAGGCCUGGGCUACAGGAAAUUCAGGAUUGGGUGAUGCUCACUAUGGGGUGGUCUCGCACUCCGCAGGUUGUCUUUUGGGUUGGUGGGGAUGAUGGAAUAUGUCUUGAUUUCCCCAAAACUGGGAGUGGAAAGCACCAGAAACAUUUGUUGCGAGAGUUGGCUGCUGGGUAUUGCAAGAGUCAUUCUGUUGGUAUCAGGAGCGAGGUGUAG